AUGGUCGUUGCCCACUACAACAGCACCGGACAUCGAGGACAUGCAGAGUUGGUGGCAACAAUCCGCCGUCUGUUCUAUGUUGACCACCUGGCCGACGGGGGUGGACCGUAUGCUCCGAGAUGGCACGCGAAAGAGGGCAACGAAGGAAUCCACUUCGACUACCUCUACAUGGGCGAAGCGCUCAGUGGCGCUAAGUACGUGCUAGUACUCAAAGACGACCUGGCCCUCUACAGGGAACGACGCUGA